AGUAUUCACGCUUUUAUAGAUAAGACUGCCUGAUAUUGUUGGAUUCCAUAUCGACCGUAGGAUUUCACCAGUCAACAUGAAAGCAGUUUUAACCCUCUGUGUUUUGGGCUUGGUCCUUCUAACCUCGAGCUAUGCAUGUUCCAUAGCAUCUGAAUGUUCAGGAAGCUGUGACCUUUCCUCCAAUCAUUGGGCUUGUAUCAAUCACGCUUGCGUGUGUAGACCAAACGGAAGUUCUUCUGGAACCUGUUCACAGAAGGAUGACUGCCGACGCACGUGUUCUCACCAUGAUCAUUAUCACUGUAUCGACGGCCAUUGCAAAUGUGGGGAAUUAGGUGACAAUUGAACAGAAUAAUAAACAACGUCAGUUGAAAUGAG